UUAGCAAAACGAUAUGUAUCAUUUCCAGGAAUUCCCCUGUCACAAAAGGUAUCGAACCGACGUAACAACGCUACGUUAGAAGACCGUGUACAAGUGUUGGAAACAGUGUUGCAAGAUCACUAUCUUGACAAUUACCAGUGGGAGCUCUUGAGAAAAGGAGUAGUGAAAUAUGACCGAUGGCAACGCCAGUACAACGAAAUGAUGAAUGUUAAUUCUCAGGAAACAGAGGAAUUAAUUGAGUAA